AUGCAUUCCACUCUCACCGCACUGCUGGGCUUGGCCCUUCAAGCCGGCAGCGUUUUCUCAAAGCCGCAUCCCCCGGCGUCAGAGACCUUCUUCAACCGCACCAUCUACACUCCGCCGGCGGACGGUCGGGCUUUGUAUGCCCGUAUCGCCGAGCUUCACACCGGCUCUCUCCUGGUAACGUCCAGCCUCUCGGGUGACGGCAUCUUCGAGGGCGAGCUGCAAGCCUUCCCCCUUUGGGAGAGUGAGGACGGCGGCGCGAGCUGGACAUGGAUCUCCAACAUCACCGAUCAGGUCAACGGCUGGGGCAUGAGCGCCCAGCCCGCCCUGCUGGAGCUGCGCCGGCCGCUGGGCAAGUUCAAGCCCGGCACCGUGCUCGCCGCGGGCAACAGCUGGAGCAACAACGGCACCCGCAUCGACCUGUACGCCAGCACGGACAAGGCCCGGACCUGGGAGUUUGUGAGCCACGUUGCUGAGGGUGGUCGGCCGAACACCACCAACGGCGCCACGCCUGUUUGGGAGCCGUUCCUGCUUCACUAUGAGGAUGAACUGGUCGUUUACUACUCCGACCAGCGCGACCCUCUCCACGGCCAGAAGCUGUCCCACCAAACCUCCUCCGACCUCCUCACCUGGGGCCCGGUCGUCAACGACGCCAGGUUCGACGAGUACCUCGCCCGCCCAGGCAUGACCACAGUAGCCUACAUCCCCCCGAUCGACAAAUGGAUCGUGACCUACGAGCUACCCGUGGGCAACUCCUCCUCGCACGGCUCCAACUACCCCGUCAACUACCGGCUCUCCGAUUCCCCAUUAACCUUCGACUCGUCGCCGAGCGUGGAGAUCCUCAUCACCCUCGCCAACGGCACCCUAUUCGCCCCCAACGCGUCGCCCUACGUGGUGUGGUCGCCCUCGGGCGGACCCAACGGCACCAUCAUCGUGUCGGAUGCCGAUUACAGCCAGGUGUACGUCAACACGAAGGGGGGCGCGGCGGACGCGUGGGAGGCCAAGGAUUCGGGCCACCCGGCCGCGUACAGCCGGGCGCUGCACGUGUUUGAGAAGAAGCAGGACCUGCUGGUUGUUGUGGGCGGCGAUACCUUUGAUGGGAAUGGCGUGGGUGCGCUGACCUUGAGCGUGGAGAGUGUGGCGUCGCUGUUGGGAGAGGAGACUGGGCCGGGGAAGCCGCCUGGGUUUCUGGUCCAAAUGCCGACGAAAGCUUGA